AGGCCGGCGGGGCGCGGGGGCGCGGCGGUUGGGCCUGGGGAGCUGGCCCUGCCCCCGGCCCGUCGAUCCAGCGCCCGGGGCGGGUCCGCCGAGCGCAGGUCCCCAGCGCGGGCCGUGGUGGAGGCUGGCGUUAGGUGUGAAGAGAAAAAAAUGACCCUCCAGUGGACGGCCGUUGCAACCUUUCUUUAUGCUGAAAUAGGACUCAUUUUGCUCUUCUGUCUACCUUUCAUUCCUCCUCAGAGAUGGCAGAAGAUUUUUUCAUUUACUGUCUGGGGUAAAAUUGCAACUUUUUGGAACAAGGCUUUUCUUUCUAUUAUAGUCCUAUUGAUUGUUCUGUUUCUAGAUGCUGUGAGAGAAGUAAGGAAAUACUCCUCUACUGCUGUCAUUGAAAAGAGCUCAUCCAGCAGACCUGGUGCCCAUGAACAUACCCAGAUGAAACUUUUUAGGUCUCAAAGAAAUCUUUACAUUUCUGGAUUUUCAUUAUUUUUUUGGCUAGUAUUGAGACGUCUGGUUACCCUUAUUACUCAGCUGGCAAAUGAACUGUCAAACAAAGGAGUACUUAAAAAUCAAGCAGAAAGUACUAACGAGGAUGCCAGAAAAUUAAUGAAAGAGAAUGAAAAACUAAAACAGCUCUUGAAAAGCUAUAACAAGGAAGAGCAACACGUUUUGGAAGCAGAAAAUAAAAAACUGGUAGAAGACAAGGAAAAACUGAAAACUGAAUUAAAGAAAACUUCAGAUGCCCUUUUAAAGGCACAAAAUGACAUGAUGGCAAUGAAGAUGCAAUCAGAGAGUCUUUCAAAAGAAUAUGACCUACUCCUAAAAGAACACUCAGAACUUCAGGAUCAUUUACCAAAAGACAACAAGAAAAGCCUGUGAACUGUGAGGAAGAAGAUCAUGGCAUACCAUGUCAGGAUGAUAAAUUUGCUAUCACAUUAGUCUCUCAGAAAUUUAAAAUUCAGUUCAG